UUAAAUCCGGCGGUGGGCGGUGCCGUGCACAUCCGAGCACCAUGGAGGGCGAGCCGGGGCAGCAGCGCGGCAGCCCAGGCCGCGCCGAGAGGCUGAGCGAGCGAAUGCUGGACGAGUUCGUGUCGCUGCACGGCCCCGCGCUGCGCGCCUCGGGCGUCCCGGAGCGCUUGUGGGGCCGCCUCCUGCACAAGCUGGAGAACGAGGUUUUCGAUGCUGGGGACAUGUUUGGGAUAAUGCAAGUGGAGGAGGUGGAAGAGGCUGAGGACGAGGCUGCCAGGGAGGCUCAGAGGAAGCAGCCCAACCCUGGGAGCGAGCUGUGCUACAAGGUCAUCGUGACCAGUGAAAAUGGAGUCCGGGCUGAUGAUCCCAACAGCAUCUUCCUCAUCGACCAUGCCUGGACAUGUCGUGUGGAGCAUGCUCGUAAACAGCUGCAGCAGGUACCGGGACUCUUGCACCGUAUGGCUAACCUGAUGGGCAUCGAGUUCCAUGGUGAGGUGCCCAGCCCAGAAGUUGUGGCCCUGGUGCUGGAGGAGAUGUGGAAGUUCAACCAGACCUAUCAGCUGGCCCACGGGACAGCCGAAGAGAAAGUGCCCGUGUGGUACAUCAUGGAUGAGUUCGGCUCCAGGAUCCAGCAUGCGGACGUGCCGAGCUUCGCCACCGCUCCAUUCUUCUACAUGCCUCAGCAGGUGGCCUACACACUGCUGUGGCCCCUAAGGGACCUAGACACAGGCGAGGAGGUGACCCGGGACUUUGCCUACGGAGAGGCAGACCCUCUGAUCCGGAAAUGCAUGCUGCUGCCCUGGGCCCCUGCCGACAUGCUGGACCUCAGCUCCUCCACGCCUGAGCCUCCUGCCAAGUACUAUCAGGCCAUCCUGGAGGAAAACAAGGAGAAACUGCCCCUCGCCAUUAGCCCAGUGGCACGUCCCCAGGGCCACAUCUUCAGGGUCCACUCCGACAUGCAGCAGGUGCUCUGCCACCUCACCCACCCACGCUUCGCCUUUACUGAAAGCGAGGCUGACGCCGACAUCCUCUACCACUUCUCACACUUCAAGGACUACAGGACACUCAGUCAGGAGAGGCCACGGGUGCUACUCAACCAGUUCCCCUGCGAGAACCUGCUGACCGUAAAGGACUGCCUGGCCUCCAUCGCUCGCCGGGCCGGGGGUCCUGAAGGUCCCCGCUGGCUGCCCCGAACCUUCAACCUGCGCACUGAGCUGCCCCAGUUCAUCAGCUGUUUUCAGCACCGGGAGAGACAGGGUGAAGACAACCACUGGAUCUGUAAGCCCUGGAACCUGGCCCGCAGCCUGGACACGCACGUCACCAACAACCUCCACAGCAUCAUUCGGCACCGAGAAAGCACCCCCAAGGUUGUGUCCAAGUACAUCGAAAGCCCCGUCCUGUUCCUUCGAGAAGAUGUGGGGAACGUCAAGUUUGACAUCCGCUACGUUGUGCUGCUGCGCUCAGUGAGGCCGCUGAGCUUGUUCGUGUAUGACGUGUUCUGGCUACGCUUCUCCAAUAGGCCCUUCGCACUCAAUGACCUAGACGACUAUGAGAAGCAUUUCACCGUCAUGAACUAUGACCCAGACGUGGUGCUGAAGCAGGUGCACUAUGAUGAGUUCAUCCCCCAGUUCGAGAAGCAGUACCCAGAGUUUCCGUGGAGUGGUGUCCAGGCUGAGAUCUUCAAGGCCUUCACAGAGCUGUUCCAAGUGGCAUGUGCCAAGCCACCCCCCAUGGGCCUCUGCGACUACCCCUCAUCCCGGGCCGUAUAUGCUGUUGACCUCAUGCUCAAGUGGGAUAGCCAUCCAGGUGGAAAGCGGGUGAUGCAGCCCCAGAUCCUGGAGGUGAACUUCAACCCCGACUGUGAGCGAGCCUGCAGAUACCACCCCACGUUCUUCAACGAUGUCUUCAGCACCUUGUUUCUGGAUGAGACCGACGGCUGUCACGUGACCCGCAUCAUCUAGGUGCCCAAAGCCCUCCUGCCUGUGCUCACAGCCGGUUCCAGCCCCUGCUCAUGGAGCUGUUUCCACCGGCCCAGCCUUCUCCCUCCUCCUCUUCCUCCCUCUU